AUGGAAAGCUACCAAAACUGGCUUAAAGAGAACGAUGCCAGGCUUGCCAAUUACUUUCUAGUUUCGGGCUAUGCAGCUCUGCUCCAUGAUAUCGUAUUAACGUUGCCCCGCGAAGUGCGUUUCAUUUCUGUAUUCGAGUUUUCUAUGUUUGACGGGGCCGCGUCGUUUUCCAAGCUUGAGUUGAUAUGGUCAACACCAUUCACACGGGCAUCUUUGAUGUAUAUUCUGAUGAGGUACGGGAACGUCAUUUGGCAAGGGGUCACUCUGGCAUUUCAUAUCUGUUCGGAUGCACCACAUUUGUCGUGCGAGGCAUGGUACCUGAUUGUUUUGUGGAUCACAUAUGCACUUUACUUGCCCACCACUGUCUUUCUCAGUCUGCGUAUGUACGCUCUGCAUAGGGAUCAAGAGUGGCACUAUAAAUGGUUGAUGAUCUGCAUCUUCGGAUCUCUUCAUUGCACAAUUCUUGUUUGCCUGGGAGUACAAACAAAUGAGAUUUUCGAGUAUUCAUGGAGUGCCAACUGCAAUACCAAUACGUAUAAUGCGGUCUUCGUCCCCAUCAUCGCAAUUGUAUUAUACUACACCUCCCUUCUGGGGUUAACACUUCACCGCGUCUGUAAAUAUUUUCGCGCAGGGGAAGGUCGGAUUAUCCAUAUCGUCUCUCAGGACGCGCUACUCUUUACUGCUGUUCUUACUUUAGCAAGUAUCGCAACACUUGUGGUUUGUAUAACUCAACGUCCUUCACUACAUAGCUUGCCCCUCAGUCUAUUGGCAACUCUGGCCGUUAUCACCUCAUCACGCCUCGUUCUGAAUUUGAAGAAGAUAGUUAUAGAGCCGGAUUUAAUUGCCCUACGGACGCUGACCGCUGCUCCGAUGACACUGGAUACGCUAGGUCCCAUAAGUUUUCGUUCUCGGGCGCAAGUUGACUGGGAAGAGGGGUGUUUACCACCACGUCCAACAAAAUAG